AUGUGCUCGCUGCGGGAUGACAACCACAACACUCCAGAACCACCCCCCUCUAAGGAGGCGGGGUUACGCCUUCAACCAAUCAGGGCCCGCGAUCCCCGGGUGUCCAACCUAUGGGGUGGCCGUGGCGGUGCAGGGGGAGGACAUGGGGUGGUCCGGGAGGGGCCGCGUCCGUGGGAGGCGCGCACAUGUCCAAAGAGGCGGGGAACCUGCGGGCGUCCAGCUGCCGAGGCACCCGCUCGACUGGAGACCGCCAAGGCGAAGAGAUGGGAUGCAGGGCAGGAGGGGCCUCUCUGGAAAGAAGGGGACAACGGGAGGGCUGUGCGGGCAGGACAGGGUCCCUCGUGCGGUGCCCCGGGCUUCGAGUGGCGGGGUGCGCUGUCCAAGGUGCAGGGGAGACGGUUGGCGCCUGGCGGGUGCGAAGCCCAGAGCCCACACUGGCUGGCGGGCAGCAAAAAGAAUGGAGAACAGCUGUGCGGGGCGCCUGGUACCCACCCGGCUCCUAAAAGUGUAGGGUGUGGAGCUGGGGUGCGGCGGGAAGGGUGCAGGGGGCUCUCCGCACCGCUGCCUUCCAGCCUCACCUCCAGCUCCUCUCCCCUCCCCCUCGCCCACUCCCCUCCCUACGGGUCCCUGAGCCACGGCGAGGGCGGGACUGGGGAGCCCCGGUGGGUGGUGAACCCCGACGCCCCGGGAAUGCUGCGGGCCCCGUCUCCUCCGAUCGCGCUCCGGCCGGACUCUGUCCCGGGCUCGCAGCCACCAGACGCGGCCAGACUGCAGCCGCGGUUCGCGCCGCCGCCGCAGCCGCAGACAGAGGACGCCCCGUGGCGGCUGGAAGCCUGUGUGAGUAGCAGCGCCCGGGAGAGUGGGAGCUGCUCAGGGGCGCUGGAGACUCGGCGGCUGGGGCGCGCGGCCGUGCGCACGCGCGCCUGCGAGUACUGGACAUCGAGGGGACAGAUUGAGGGACCCCGCGGUUGCCAUGGCGACCUUGGAGGCGCCUGGCAGCCUGAAGGGCGGUGGCAGAAUCCGGGCGCACGUGGAGGACUCCGGGUUGCCGGCGUGGGGUGCACCGCUCAGUCGAGCGCCAGUCUACGGUCCUGUCUGGGCAGAAGGCUUGGGCUGAAGGUUGUCUCGGCGGUGGUCGCAAUCACGGGUGAUUUUUUACUUUUUUUGUUCUCUUUGGAAGCCACUUUUCCUCAGUUAUCCACAUCCCAUGCAAAAGUGCCGACCUGCCCUUUGUUAGGAUUCUACUGUCCAGGCAUACAAGAACUGCGUCUUUUAAAACAGGCUCAUCCAAGAACUCUACACGUUUCGAUCUUAGAAAUUAUAGUUAAAUCCCAUUUAUUUCUCUUUUCUAAAAGAUACAUCGGCCUAUCGGCAUACUUUUCCAUGCUAAUUUCAAAUUCUGAGUGGAAUUUAUUCGCCCAAGAAUUUCUUCAAGGGGUGUAAGACUGUACAACAGUUGAAAUGCUCUUCUUGGCAGGACUCCUCCAGACCCGGGAUGUGUUUUGCAUACUUUUGCAUGCCUUCUAGUACUUGUACAGUACCACUGCACAUUGUGUGUUCCCUAUAAAUGUUGAAUGAAUGACAUUGUUUUCUAGCUUCACAUAUCCUGAAGGCAAAAACUUGGAUGCUGGGAAUGUCAUUACCAUCCCACUAGGCUUGCUUGAUUUAAACUUCUGCCAGUUCCCUGUGUGAAGACUACUUUCCCCUCUGGUGGCCAGGGCCCUAUUACAAAGAAAGAAAAUAAAGAAUACUGACCCACUGUGCAAAUGUGCCAAAAGAUUCACACAAAGAGCACUCAAAAAGGAAUUCAGGAGUCUAUCCUGGGUGAGAGAAGGUUAAUGUCAGCUUCAUUUUGGUGCCUGGGGAACAUAACCUUUCAAAAGAAAGUCAUCUAGUCAUUGGGUAUACACACUCCUUCCUGUAGUAAAGGAAAGGCGUUUUUAGGACCAAUGCAGGUUUCUAAAAGCUGGUCAGGUGCAGGCUUUUCUCUUGUAAGAAGCACUUGUGUGGUGGAGCCUGGCCCAUACAUGCAGGGUCAUCCCCCCGACUUCUAAUUCUGCUGUAGCACCAGGCUCACUUACUCAAUCUCAGUAUUUCCACAAUCAUCUUCUUAGAAGCAGAAGUCCUCAAUUUCACAUUCCACGCUAAAUUUCAGUCCCUUUGAACUUGGACUUUUCUAUGAACAGCCUCUCUCUCUCCACUCAUGCUA